AUGAUAUAUAAAGUUCAGCAAUACUGAUAAGACUCAAUGUUAAUAGCAUAAGUACGUAUUAAUCAUGAAUAACAGGAAGAGAGUUAUUAGUUUUGAAUAGUAUUUACGUUGUAGGAGUUAUAUAUUUCCAGGAGGGGGCGCUAGUGAGACGCGCAGGCUGUCGCUCAAACCAGAAGAAGACGCUCACGUUGGUUUGGUGUGAUGCUAGAAAGCAGCUUGUAGAGUAUUUAUUGUGGGUUUCUUGCUGCAGUGUGAGCCGCUGGAGCCAUUAGAAGAACAAAAGGAAAUUAAAAAGAUGGUCGCUUAACCUCAGCGUCCCUUCCCUUCGCGUUUGAACCGUGUGAGUGGGGCUGCUGUCUCUCGUGGGUCAUGUUCGUGCUGGUGGAGAUGGUGGACACGGUGCGGAUCCCUCCGUGGGUCUUUGACCGGCAGCUGAACGAUGCCAUAGCGGAGGAGCUGAACAAGAAGCUGGCCAACAAGGUGGUUUACAGCGUGGGUCUCUGCAUCUGCUUGUAUGACAUCACCAAACUGGAAGACUCCUAUAUUUUCCCUGGAGACGGCGCCUCACACACUAAAGUCCACUUCAGGUUUGUCGUCUUCCACCCGUUCCUCGACGAGAUCCUCGUUGGCAAGAUCAAAUACUGCAGCCAGGAGGGAGUUCAUGUGACGAUGGGUUUCUUCGACGACAUUCUCAUUCCACCCGAGUCUCUCCAGCAGCCGGCCAAAUUCGACGAGGCCGAGCAGGUUUGGGUCUGGGAGUACGAGACGGACGAGGGAGCGCACGACCUCUACAUGGACCAGGGAGAGGAGAUCCGCUUCCGGGUGGCGGACGAAGUCUUCGUGGACACGUCGCCGACGGGGCCGGCCGCCGCUGCCACGCCCGACGCUCCGGCCCAGCCCGGACAGUCGACUGCGCCGCCGGCGGAGGAGAGCGGGGACAAAAAAGAGGCUCCAUACACACUGGUUGGGACCAUCUGUGAGCCAGGACUGGGUCUGCUGUCCUGGUGGAACAGCUAGCACCGCAGAGGAGGAACAAAGGGAGACGUGGGGCGACCG